AUGGUGCUGUCGAACAAGAAGCUGAAGCAGAAGAUUCGAGAAGAUUUGGUUAAUUCUCUAUCUGUCGCGGUAGCCGAAACCAAUCCAGACUCCGUCUCGAACUUGCAAUCUCAAUCUCUGAAAGAGCUCCUUGAUUCAGCCAGCCACAAACCCAGAUUGUCAAAGAGAGAGAAACGAAGAAACAGCGAUACUUGCGCAAGAGAAGACGAACCCGAUGAAGGCAUCCGAGUCAAGGAAGUGGAGGGUGACGUUGAGAAAACUGAUCAAAUGAAUCGAAACAAGAGGAAGAGAGACGAUACUGUGGAAGGCGAAUUAAGUGAAGAAGGAGAAGGUGAUGAAGGCACAAAGGAAGGGGAUGAUUCUCAGAAGAAGAAGAAGAAUAAGAAGAAGAAGAAGAAGAAAAAGAAGAAGGCAACCAAAAGGCCUAAGAAGGCUGAUGAAGACACUGUAGAAGAGAAGGCUAAGGCAGAAGAGACUCAAGUUGAUACAGAGAGCAAAGAAGAAGAUGGGGUUGUUCCCAAGAAGCUAUAUGUCGGUGGUAUUCCUUAUCAGAGCACAGAAGAUGAGAUUCGUAGCUACUUCAGAAGCUGUGGGGUCAUCACGAAAGUUGACUGCAAGAUGCGUCCUGAAGAUGGAGCAUUCAGUGGCAUUGCUUUCAUCACCUUCGAAACUGAAGAUGGAGCUAAUCGUGCUUUGGCUUUUGAUAGAGCUGCAAUGGGUGAUCGAUAUUUGACAAUCCAGCAAUACGUGAAAACCACCACUUCCGUUCCCAGAAGAAGAACGUCUUCUGGUUUCGUUCCAGAGAUGGUGGAUGGAUAUCACAGGGUGUACAUUGGGAAUUUGGCCUGGGACACAACAGAGCGUGACAUACGAAAACUCUUCUCUGACUGCGUAAUCAACUCAGUCCGGUUGGGGAAAAACAAAGAAACAGGGGAGUUUAAAGGGUACGCGCAUGUGGAUUUCAAGGAUGGCGUGUCUGUGGCCAUGGCGCUUAAGCUUGAUCAACAGGUUAUCUCCGGAAGACCUGUCAAGAUUUGCUGCGCUCUUAAAGAGAGAGCAGCAGGGGAUGAAACGAACAACAUGGAAGAGACUUAUGCUGCUGCUGCUGCUGAUCCAACACCGGCUUUGGAAGCUAAUGACGGAAGCUACUUUGCGGCCACUUUGAGCAGCGGUAAGAUCAAAAGGAGGGUCUGUUAUGAGUGUGGAGAAAAGGGUCAUCUUUCUACAGCCUGUCCCAAGAAGCUUCAAAGUGCUCAUGAUGAUCAGGCAAACGCAAAGAUGGAUCAAGAGACUGUUAACGCAAGACCGGCUACGCUAGGCUUUGGUUUUCAGAAUAACAAUGGUGGUUCUUACAUGAGCUAUGGUUUUCAGAAUAACAAUGGUGGUUCGUACAUGAGUGAGGCUUACACUGCUACAAAUGAAGCUCAUAGUGAAAGCUUAGCAUCAGCGGUUAGCAUCGGUAAGAUCAAGAGGCGGGUCUGUUACGAGUGUGGAGAAAAGGGUCAUCUUUCAACAGCUUGUCCCAAGAAACUUCAAAACACUGAUCACACAAACUCUAACGUGAAUCACCAGAAGUUUGAGGCAGGACCGAUUCAGGUAACAACAAGCUAUGAUCUUGAGAAGAAACCAGGAGAUACAGAUAUCAAUGGC